UCCAUAUAAGAAGUGAACGCCACAUGUUUUCAUUCAUCCUAGGGUGGAAACUAGGAAAUGAGUAAUGAAUAAAUGACCAUGAGUAAAAGAUACAGUGUAAAGCCCAAAGGGAGACAUCUUUGCAAUCUGAUUUAUAGCUAUAAAACCGAAGUCUAAAGCAGUUGAUAGAUUUUGAACCUCCUUAAAGAGAGAGAGAGGCGUGGUGCCACCUGGAAAGCUGUGAUACUUGGUAGGAUGAGUCUCCCAGUGCCACACAGCCUGUACUAUGGUAGUGCUGAAUCACACAGUCUGACCUGAAUAUAAAGGGAGUGGCAGAAACAAGAUUAAGCAGUGAGCAAGUAACACAAACAGGGAAUAAGAGCCUGCCAGAGACAUCGCGCAAAGGAGCCAUGAGCCAAUUUGGCCGUCACCAAUGGAAGCCAGACACCAUUUAAGUACUGCUCAGCAAAUGGCCUCCAAAUUUCUUCAGAGGUUACGGUCUACACCUCUAAAGGAGGAGAGAGGCCCUGGUCCCCCAGAAGAACCUCCAGAGAGUGCUGAGCUAGUGGAUGACACAGAGGGACUGUCCCUUCGACUGAGUGGAACUCUCAGCCUAAGUGAAGACAGCCUUGCCUCACAAGAGAGUGACGGAAUGGGUACCAGUUAUUUGGGAUCAGAUGGGCAUGGAGACAGCAAAGCCCAGGACGAAAACAAUUCUCAUACAUUUUUGACCAAUCAGCUAAGAGAAAUGUGGCAGCAUUCCCGGGAUGCACAUAUUCCCAUAAGGCUGACUUUUGAAGUGACAGAUGCAAAUAUUGUGCAAGAUGCCCAUGCCAAGUAUGUGGUAUACACCAUCUACUUGUUGCAAACUGGCCAAUACGAUGCUUCUCCUGCCUACAUCUCCUGCCGAUAUUCUGACCUCUUUCACCUAAAGAGGCGCUUACUUGAACUUUACCCUUCAGAAAUGAGAGGAGUUUCCUUUCCUCGCAAACGAGUACGCAAAAACUUCACCCCUGAGACAAUUGCCAAGCGCAGCCGUGCCUUCGAGCAGUUCCUCUGCCAUGUGUCUUCUCUGCCUGCCCUACGCACUUCUUCUCCGUUCCUGAACUUUUUCUACCUUAGAGACAUACAGAAGGCACAGGCACUGACCUGCGCAGGACUCUACAAGCUAGCAAUUCCCAUCUGGACCAACAGUUAUCAUCUACAAGAAAAGCUCUGCCCCCCUGGGCCCUCUACAAAUAGACUGCUGGUGUUGGCAGGGCUGGUGGUUUGUCAUCAGGAGUCAGAUACACUGGAGGAGGCUCAGGCAUUCAGUGAACGGGCUGUAGCUUUAAUACAGGAUGCACAGGACAAGCACAUAUCUCUGCUGGUGCCAUUCCUUAAUGCACACAUCCAGCUGUCAUGGAGAGUGGGUAUAGACAAGAGAGAGUCUGAAGCUUUACUGCAGAGGCUGCAGGAAGCUGGCCACUACGCUGAUAAUGUGCCCAGUCUCAAAGAGUUCCUCGUAAAAGAGACAAUCAGUUGAUUAGGAAAUGCAAACAGGCAAGUGAUCAUUUUCUAGUGGACCUCCAGCUGUUGCUGAACUACAAAUCAAAGAAUGCUAACAAGAGUCACUGAAUGAUUCUGGCAGCAUAUUUCAGUAGGAGAGCUACAGACUGGAGCCAUUACUAUACUUUCUCACUACUUCAGCCCCACUAUGAUUUGUACACCUUUGGGUUUGCGGUUCAAAAACACCACUACACUAGUUAGCGGUUAGAAAUAAUCAUUAAUUAUAUACAAUUUUUUACUAUUUGCAUGGAUUAUAUACAAGUCCAUUAUCAGCUGUUUAGUGCCAGUAUUGUUGAACAGACCGAAGGGCUUCACGGUACAGAUGUAGAUGAAGGUGAGGUUCAUCCGAAGAGAGUAAAGAACAUACAUUUGAUUUUGUUUCUGUAAAUGCAGUGUAUUUUGUGCCUACAACUUGCUCUUGGAUGGAUCUUGUCGCACGCAGAAAACUCCUUCCUGGGCACAUAUGACGGCCAGGACACCAUCUCUGCGCCACAGACGGCCUUGUACAAGCCCACGGCUGUUUCCUGUAUAAACCAAUGAAGUAUUAGAGACCGAAUCAAACCCUUAUGCAGACUUUGUUGUGUAGAACAAUCAUAUAGUAUCGUAACAGGCAGCACAUCAUUCGAGAAUGUUUAGCCUGUGCCUGAGCUGUAAUUGACAUCUGUUGGGGUCAGGAUUGGGGUGCUGACCAUUGUAACUCAGCAUCAACUAUGUCCCCCAAGGCCUAUCUGAUUUCAUCCAGACAAUGCUCUUGACUUUCUUUUAAUAUGUAACUGUGUCUUAAAAACAAGAAUUGCCUUCUAACAUCUACACAGGUGUUUUUAACCUAUGGCUGACAAUCUGAGCAACAAUGCAGCACAUCUGGGUUAUGAACCCUUGGGGAUGUGGUUACUAGGAUGCUGUCAACCUUUAGUGGUCAAUGGUUGGCCAAAUUUCAACCCAAACUCGCCCAUCUGGUGGAAAACAGGGGGUCACUGCAGGUUUCAGGUCAACCCGCACAUCACUAAUGGCAAAUCAUAUUAAAGUAAUAUAUAAAUGUUUCUUUGGUGGCGUAGCCCUUACUUUAUUCCACGAUACAGACACUACAAGCUUCUAUUGCUCUACCUACUCCCACCUAGAACUCAUCCCCUGUGCUGAACUCACUACAAAUAUUUUAUAAUUCCAACUCCCCUUGACUUACCUGCCCAGUGGCUCUCGCACUCAUAGAGCAUCUAUUUAUCAGCUCUGAAGGGAGAGUGGAACCACAUGGAGUGGUCGAGAGAUGCCACAAAUUGCAUGCGGUACUUCAGAAGGGGGAGCAAUGCUGUGCCAAGAAAGUUAUAGUCUGAUAUAUAUGCAGCUACGCAGCAGUGCAGCCGCAUAUCUCCAGGGCCUAAAGGGUUUAAUAAAGGGAAAGGAAGAAGAAGAAAAAAAGCACAAUAAGGGAAAACAUCAGUAUUUUGAAUUAAUAUUAAAAAUGUACCUUUUUUAUACUACUAAUUAUUUUUCAUAACUUAAAGGUUUUAACAUGUAUAUUCAGGCCAAAUAUCUAAUAAACAACUAUUUUAAGACUCA